AUGAAGUUCAACCUGAUCGCACUCUCCACCCUGCUGGCCCUGGCUGCCGCCGCAGACUCCACCACCUCCACGGCGGCCCCGGCCACCACCUUGAGCGCUGAGGCUCAGUGCGCCCAGAAGUGCGAAUCCACUGAUGUCUGCUGCAUUGCUAAGUGCUACAAGGUCCCCUGCCCCAGCGACAACCAGGCCAACGACACCAACAGCUGUGUCGCUGCUUGCCCCCAGGGUACUGGCUCGCCCGCCGACACCCAGAAGUACGCCGACUGUGAACAAAAUUGCUACAGCUCGCACUUCUUCCCUGCCACUGGCGUCGCUGACGCUGCCACCAACACUGCCGCGUCUGGCUCCUCGCGCACCACUGCCUCGGGCAGCUCAGCCUCCGAGACUGGCUCGGCCAGCUCCAGCUCCAACAACGGCGCUAGCGGCACCAGCGGCUCCGCCACCGGCACCUCCUCCGGCGCUGUCCAGUCCACCGGUGCGGCCGCCAACAUCAAGCUGGGUGCCUCUGGCGCUGGCCUCUUCGGCCUGGUCCUGGCUGCCUUUGCUCUGUAA